AUGCUCGCCGCAACACGGCGGUGGUUCAACCGCAAUCGAACGCCCCUCGCCGUCGGCGUCGGCAUCGUGGGCGCUGGCUAUGUCGCGACCCAAUAUGUCCUCUCGAAGCUCAGCGACGCGCGCGAGCGCAUGAGCAGCGACCGCAUCGCCAAGGAGAACCUGCGCCGCCGCUUCGAGCAGAACCAGGAGGACUGUACCUUCACGGUGCUCGCCCUGCUGCCGACCGCCACAUCCAACAUUCUCGAAGCCCUCGAUACCGAGAGGAUCACGUACGAGAUCCAGACGAUGAAGGGCCAGAAAGCUGGCGCCGUCACAAACGGAGGUCAGGCCGGCGCGCCGAGCAUCGCCGACACGACCCUGACCGAGGAUGACGCCAGGAGCAGCGUCGCACCCAGCAGCGCCCAGAGCGAGAGCGGCGUGCACGCGAGCCAGAUUGCCGUGCCACCGCCUGCGCCGCCCACACCAUCGACAGCAGCGACGCAGGAGGAGGGCGCCCAGGACGGAGGUGCCGCGGCCCCGGCCAUCUCGGCACAGCAGCCGCAGAAGCCCAGAAAGACGAAGCGGCAGCUCUGGGACGACCUGACCAUCAGCUCCAUCACGCGCUCCUUCACCCUUCUCUACACUCUCGCCCUCCUCACCAUGCUCACCCGCGUGCAGCUCAACCUCCUCGGCCGCCGCAGCUACCUCUCGAGCGUCGUGUCGCUGGCGGCCGGCGGCGCCGCCUCGGCGCCCAUCAGCCUCGAGAACAACGACGACGACAGCCCCGACCACGCGUACGGCAACGACUUUGAUACGAACCGCAAAUACCUCGCCUUCAGCUGGUGGCUCCUCAACCGCGGCUGGCGCGACCUCAGCGUCCGCGUCGAGGCCGCCGUGCGCCAGGUCUUUGGCCAGCUGAGCCCGCGCGACCUCCUCUCCUUUGAGCGCUUCGCCGAGCUGACCCUCGACGUGCGCAGGCUCGUCGAGGGCGACACGCGCGAGGCCCGCCGCGCCAACCCCGUCUGGCUGGCCUACCUGCUGCCCGACCGCGCCAGCGAGGACGACGUCAUCCGCGCGUCGGGCAUCCUCGACGAGGUCGAGGGCAGCACCGUGGACCUCGGCGCCCACGCCGCCGCCUCGGCCUCGGCUUCGCUGCGGAGGCUCCUCGACGAGACGUCCGAUCUCAUCGAGUCGCCGUCCUUCGUGCACGUGCUGACCGAGCUUCUCGACGCGGGCUUCUCCGAGCUCGUCGACCGCCGCGUCGCCACGACGGCGUUCGAGCUGCCGCCGCAGGGUGACGAGGAUUUGGCUGCCGCCGCCGCCGCCGCCGCCGCGCGUCCUUCGAUGGACGGCGUCCUCGUCGGCGGCGCGCCGCUGGGCACGAAGCUGCCGACAGAGGAGGACGGCCUGCGGUCGACGAGGGUCGUGCAGCUGCCGCGCAUCCUGUCGGUGCUGACGCGCCAGGCGCACCUCAUCGGCAACGGCAUGCCGAACGAGUACCUCCGGGAGAUGGAGCGGGUGCGCGACCUCGAGGGCUUCGCGGCCGUCGUCUACUCGAGCAACUGGGAGAACGAGGUCAUGCGGGACCAGAACCUCGCGGCGGGCGUGGCCGAGGCCAAGGACGGCGGCGACAGGCCGGCGGCGGGGUCGGGCGAAGAGAGCAUCGUGCUUGUCGAUCGCCAGCCGAGUCUCGAGGAUGCCUGGAGCAGGGCGCAGCAGAAGUGA